ACACUCCACCAAACCCCCCACAAAAUCCCUAUCUUCAUCUAUUAUCCACAUCAACAACAACAACAACAAUAACAAUGGCUUGUUCUUCAUCUGCUGCUUCCGCAACUCUUCUUUCUUCCUUAAACCCUAGAUCUUCUUCUUCCUCCUCUUUCAUUUCCCCCAAGCUUCAAACCCUAAGCUUCUCAUCCUCUUCCUCCUUCAACUUCCAGUCAAAAUCCCUCCGCUCCUCCGUCUCCCUCCGCCGUUCCGCCGCUCGCCGGAAUGCGUUCGUCGUCAAAGCUGGUCUGCCACUAGUUGGGAAUCAGGCACCGGACUUUGAAGCGGAGGCUGUUUUUGAUCAGGAGUUCAUCAAGGUUAAGCUCUCUGAAUACAUCGGCAAGAAAUACGUCAUUCUCUUUUUCUACCCUUUGGACUUCACUUUUGUUUGUCCAACAGAAAUCACCGCAUUCAGUGACCGAUAUGCAGAAUUUGAGAAGAUAAAUACCGAGAUAUUGGGCGUUUCCGUAGACAGUGUGUUUUCCCACCUUGCAUGGGUUCAAACAGAUAGAAAAUCUGGGGGUCUUGGUGAUUUGAACUACCCACUGGUUUCCGAUGUUACAAAAUCGAUUUCAAAAGCUUUUAACGUGUUGAUUGAAGACCAGGGAAUAGCAUUAAGAGGACUUUUUAUUAUUGACAAGGAAGGUGUUAUCCAACAUUCCACAAUUAACAAUCUUGCCAUCGGCCGCAGUGUCGAUGAAACAUUGAGAACACUUCAGGCAUUGCAAUUUGUACAAGAGAACCCGGAUGAGGUAUGCCCGGCUGGAUGGAAGCCCGGGGAGAAGUCGAUGAAGCCCGACCCUAAGGGCAGCAAGGAAUACUUUGCAGCCAUAUAAUUUGAUAGUAGUUUUUUCUGUUUUAAUGAGUUGAAUUUUGGGAGUUUUUUUUUCGGGUUAUGGACUUGUUGAAACAAGAAAAUGUGAUCUGUUGUGUUUUAUUACAUACAUCAAAUGAUUUGGCGUAUUACAUAAAUAUUUGAGGUAUUAUAUGAAUUUGGUCAA